CCAACGUGUUUUCUUUAUUGGCCUCAUUGUAAUCGUUUUUUCCAGCUUAUCCGUUCAUACAAACAACGCGGGGACUUAGUUUGUAAUAAUGACAGUUUAUUCAUAUAAGUAAAGUUGAAGUGAUUUUGAAUAAUUUUAAAUGCGUCAACACGGUUUGUACCGUUAGCAUUCUGUCGAACAGUCAAUAAAAACCGGCUGACAUGCGCAGAACGUCUGUAGCUUUGCCAGAACAUCAAGCGAUCAAACUGCUCUAUAGCAUAACUUCAGCAAAGAUCUUCCUCUUCUGCAUAUGCUGGCUUACUGUUUGUGUGGGAAAAUCGCAUUCCAUUCUGCUGAAUUGCACGACACACACUUCAAAUCGGUCCGUGGAGCUACAUAUAAAAACAGCUACCCGAUUUACUUGCAAGAUUGUACGACGGGAAACAAAUGUGACAAUUGAUGUUGUUCAAUGCCCCGAUGGAAUUAAAAAGUGUAUCCACAAAGAUAAGUUUGAAGUCAUACGAUCAUCGACAGGCGCUAUUCUGAGAAAUUUGAAUUUUUCUGAAGAUUUACUUGUGUCAUGUUUCGAUCCCGUAAUACCCGUUGCUGAAUACACCAACCUGGUUAUUCCCAAAGACUGUCUAACAGAAAAUACUACGCAUACACAUGUUGCUGAUGGGGAAUACAAUUCAACAAAUGAAAAAGGUGGAAGUAGCAGUGGGACAAUCGGGAUAAUAGUUGGCUCGUUACUUGGUGGUUGUGUCGUUGCGGUCGUCAUCGUUGUGGGAAAACAUAUACGAAAAAGAAGGAAAUGGACAAGACGAACAGAAUCACCCGAUCCAGAAGAAUGUUUCCCUUUAGCUAAGCAGAGAGCAGAACCCCUCUCCUGCACAGAGGCUGAGCGGGAUUUAUUGACACAUGAGCAAGAUGCUGGAAGAAACAAUCAAAAAUAUACCUCACACGAAUUAAACGAACAAUGUCGAAUGGCUAAUGAUCAGAUACCAGUGGACAAUGAUGACGAUCGUGUUGGCACAAACAUGACCAAAUAUGAGCCGAGUGGAUCUGAGAAGGCAAUAGCGAAUAAACACUUGCUCGAUCGGAUAGAAAUCCUCGAGUCUGAGAAAAAAAUCCUCGAGUCUGAGAACAAAAUCCUCGAGUCUGAGAACAAAAUCCUCGAGUCUGAGAAAAAAGAAAUGGAAGAGCGUUUAGUGCGUUUUUCGAAGAUACCAGGAUUUGACAUCAUGGAAAAUGAGGUCAAAGAUUUGAUAGCAGUACAUCUAAAUGAAGCGGCAAAGAAACCAGAGUUGUUAGCGGAGACGAAACAGAAUACAAAGCUGUUGCUCAAUGAUAUUGAAUCGGGAUUGAGGCGAAGCCACUCGCUUUGAGGUGAAACCUGUCUUGCAAGGUUUGUGGCUUUAAGGGAGUUAUUUCCUUUCUUUGUUCUCUUCAUUCGUUUAAAGAUAAAUGAUACGAGUGCCAGCGCAGCCAAUCCGAGCAGCAUGCUCACCUAGGCGAGAAGCGCAAACACGAGGAUUCCGACCACAGCGACCCGUAAAAGGAUAACGGCCGAAGCCUUUUGAAUCGUGGCACGACUUUAACGGAUAGCGACAGUGACAAUACAGGUGUACCUUUGCAGGCAAAAUCAAACCUUGACUUUUUAAAGCUGGAAUAUAGCAGGGCUGAAGAAACAUACUGAUAACCAUGAACUGUUAUUUUUUCUCUCACAGUUUAAUAUAGUACAUCUAAGUGAAACUUGGAGUGAUUUUUGUGGUGAAUUUAAUGACUUUGUGCAGCAAUAUUGCUGCUUUGAUGAAGUAAGAAAUAAAACUGGGUCUUCGUUUAGAAAUAGCUGUCGCAAUUGUGUUUUGUAAAGAGGAAAUUUACUGAUAGUUAAUAAUUACUCGUUUGUAUGAAAAUGAAUGCAAAUAUGUUACACUUCGUAUUGAUAAGUCAUUUUUGAAGAAUCUUUCUGAUAUAA